UAAACUGUCUCUCCCCAUGCCCCCGCUGUUUUCAGCUACUUUCACAAGGAAGGUGUCAAAGAAGGUCAUCACAGAGCGAACAGAACGAUGGAGAGUGAGAGAGUGAACGCUACAGCUAACCCAAUGGCCAAAGCUACAUUCAUCAGCAAGUUUUUGACAUAUUGGUGGAUGAAUGGCAUUUUUAGGAAAGGAUUCAAGCGUCCUCUUGAAAAUGGUGAUGUUUAUAAAACUUUGCCACAGGAUGAGACCAAAGGACUGGCUGAUAGACUGGAAAGGUUGUGGAAUGACGAAUUAAACGAUGCCCAGAGGAAAAGCAGAAGACCACGGCUUAGAAAUGCUUUUAUUAAGUUCUUAGGUUUACGCUUUCUUAUGCUUGGAGCUUUAAAUUUUAUGGAGGAAUCAAUGAAAGUCAGUGCCCCUUUACUUAUUGGCAGACUUUUAAGGUACUUCCAGCCUGAGCCUGCUUUAAGUCGAACUGACGCCUAUAUUGCUGCAGCACUUCUCUCCCUUGUCGCCUUCACUGAAGGAAUCCUCCAUGCUCCAACUUUUUUCCUGAACCAAAGGUGCGGUUUACAUUUGCGGAUAGCUGUGGGGUCACUCGUGUAUAGAAAGGCACUGCGACUUAGUCAUGCUUCCUUAGCAGAAACAACAACUGGUCAAAUCGUGAACCUUGUGACCAAUGAUGUACAGAGACUGGAAUCGGUUACAAUUUUUUUUCAUUACUUAUGGGUGGCUCCUGUGAUGAUUGUUAUCGUAACAAUCCUCUGUUGGCAAGAAAUCGGAGUGUAUGUCCUGCCUGGUAUUGUUAUUUUCCUGCUUCUUGGCCCGCUUCAAGGAUUGAUUGGGAGGUUCUUUGCUAAACUGAGAUCCAAAACUGCUGUCCUAACAGAUGAACGAAUCAAGGUGAUGAAUGAAAUCAUCUCAGGAAUAAGAGUUAUUAAAAUGUACACGUGGGAAGAACCAUUUGCUAAGUUGGUGGCUGAUAUUCGAAGACAGGAAACUAAAAUGGUGAAGUACGCUGCACUUUUCCGUGCAAUUAAUUCCGGAUUCUAUAUGGCUGCCCAGCCUGUCAUAGCUUUGGUAGUUUUUGUUGUGUAUGUGAUGACUGGACAUACACUAACUGCAGAGAGAGUGUUUGUCGUUCUGGGUCUGUUCGUGGCAGUGAGAGUGAAUUUCACCUUGUUUUUCUCAAUGGGUAUCAUGUACCUUAAAGAAUCAUCCGUGUCAGAGAAGCGAUUGCAGAAAUUCUUGGAACUGGAAGAAAGGGAGCCAAAUGUGUCAGCUGCUAUUGAAAAUGGUAUUGAAAGCAAAGGAGAUGUUCCAGUGGUGAAGCUGAACAGAAUUACAGCUUAUUGGGAUAAAGUAAUAUAUUGUCUAGUCCUUUUGUCAUUGUUUAAAGUCAGUAGAACAAAUGCUCUUAGCUUAUUGGCAAAAGCAAUCUCUUCGUUGUCCAACCUUUUAAAACAGCACCAGGGAUUUUUUUUUUUCAGGUGCAUCCUUGGAUUACUAAAGGAUAAAGUCUGUGUGCUGGUGACUCACCAAUUGCAGUACCUGAAGGAUGGGACCUCGAUAUUGUGUCUGAAGGAGGGUUGUUGCAUUGGACAAGGCUCAUUCUCAGAGUUAACCAGCACUGGUUUUGAUGUUCAGUCUCUUGUGUCUUUACCUGAGUCUGAUUCUGACAGUACCAUUGAACCUGAUGAUAUUCAAGUAGACGAGAAAGAAAAAGAUAUAUCCGCAAAAAUGACUGUUGUUAAAUCUGUGGAAUUGUCUGAAAAAGAUGAAAAGACUACUGAAAAAGAAGACCGCUACACUGGGACAGUAACUUGGAAAGUAUAUUUUGAGUUCUGGAAAGCAGGAGCUGGGAUCUCUAUGUUAUUACUCUUGAUAAUACUUAUCAUCGGCACACAGGUAAAUCAAGGUACUUGGUUGAUAUGGCAAAGCAAUUACGUCCAGUUCAGGUGCACAUCAAUGAAUUUCUCAAAACUGAGUUUGCCUAGAUUUUUUUCAAGUUCGUCGUUUGCAAUCCGUGUCAAUCUUUUCUAUUCUUCAUCAUCCUUGUUCCUUUAUGGCUUCUUUUUGACCUACCUUAGUAAUAACUGUAUUACUGUGUUAUACCUGAGGGUUUUGAUCCAGUUGACUGUUUUUAAAUGUGAUCUUUGUAGGGCGGAUCUGGAGGAAAAACUUGCGUAUGAAGCGGCUACUCUUUCGAGCAACUCUUCGACUACAUCUGAAGAACUUACUGAAAUGAGGAAACACAAUAUUUCAAUUUACGGCUCCCUUGUUGGUGGCACCUUCCUCUUAGCCUUUGCAGCUGCUGUUGUCUUCCUUUACAUUGCUGUAUCUGCGUCUCAGAACCUUCACAAUAAGAUGUUUAAGAAGCUCCUUGGUGCGACAACUUACUUCUUUGAUACAAACCCCGCUGGAAGAGUGUUGAACAGGUUCUCAAAAGACAUUGGUCAGAUGGAUGAUUUGCUGCCUUACACAUACUAUGACUAUGUUCGGCUGAUGGUGUUGUCAUUUGCAAUUCUGUCGCUGAAUGUGGUGUUUAUGCCAUACUUACUGGCGGCAGCCAUUCCCACUGUGCUGUUGUUCCUGUUCAUUCGUCAUUACUACCUAAAGUCAGCAAGAGAGAUUAAACGUCUUGAAGCAAUGAACCGCAGUCCUUUGUAUUCUCAUAUAUCUACCAGUCUCCACGGUCUAACCACCAUUCGAGCUUACUUGGCAGAAGGUCGAUUCAGACAUCUGUAUGAAGUUUAUCAAGAUGACCACACGGCUUCUUGGUUCCUGUUCAUGGCAGGAUCCAGGUGGCUUGGAUCCAGGCUCGACUUCAUGUGCACUGUGUUUAUUAGCUUGGCGUCUUUUACGCCUCUAUUUUUGGCAGAAGGGGGAAUACUCAUGUCUGCCGGAGUGGUUGGCCUUACAGUAACAUACGCCAAGAUGUUAACAGGAGGAUUUCAGUGGUGUGUUAGACAGAGUGCUGAAGUUGAGAAUCUGAUGACUUCUGUGGAGCGCGUCAUCGAGUACUCCAAUCUGGAACAGGAAACCCAGCCCCACGCUAAGACAGUCGCUGUACCAGAGAGUUGGCCACAGUACGGUAUAAUUACGUUUGAGGGACUUUACUAUACCCAUCAUCACACACUGCCUUACGUGUUGAGGAGGUUGAAUUUCUGCAUCAGAGCACAGGAAAAGGUCGGUAUUGUUGGCAGAACUGGAGCUGGCAAAUCAUCAUUAAUGGCAGCGUUGUUCAGACUGGCCGAACCGGAAGGUACAGUUCGGAUAGACGCUGUGCCCAUCACGGACAUUUCAUUGCGUGACUUGAGAAGCAAUCUGUCCAUCAUACCUCAGGUAAUCUCUGUCCUUAAACUAGAACUUUGUCACGCAAGCUCAUCAAGGAGGCGGCAUCUUCUUUGGCUAGCUUCCGCUUGUACGAGUUGCACUGAACUUUCUUGGAAAGAAAACAACACACAGUACAUUUCAACUAGAGACAGAUGUAUGUUUGGAGGUUUGCCCUUUUCUCUUCAGGUGUUUAGAUGUUUCUUUUCGUCUUACCAGGUACAGCUAAAGGAAAUGGUCACUGAACUACCAGAUGGACUGGAAACUAAACUAACCGAAGGAGGCUCAAAUUUCAGUGUGGGUCAGCGGCAACUUGUAUGCCUUGCACGCGCGGUCCUGAAGCAUAACAAAAUAUUAAUCAUUGACGAAGCAACAGCAAAUGUAGAUCACAGGUAUCUGUUAAUGUUGUACGCGGGAAUUUUGUUGCUAAGGUGUUACUUUAGUAUUUGUUCAGAGUCCCGUUUCCCGAAGGUCUCGAAAAGUUUUCGCACC